AUGGCAGACAUAUCCAGACAUCAAGUAGCCUUUACAAAUCUGGGACAGAGAUUAUCAGUUCAAAGCUCACAUGGCUUGUGGGAUGGCAAUGACACUGUGAUCAUCUUUAAGACAUCUCCAAGUUCAGCAACAGGUUCCAGAUUUUUACAGAUCAGCUGGGGUGUUCUUUAUUGCCCUUUCCCUUCAAAGCUGUCUUUUAGCUAUCAUCUGAAUCCUGUUCUCUCAUCUUUACCAAAUGUGUCCAUGCAUGUCAGUGGUGGAUGUGGCUUCCCACUCCGAGGAUCUAAUUUAGACUGUGUGACAGUUUCACGGCUAUUUGUGACUAAUUCAGUUACCAAAAAAUCUGAAUCUGCACUUUGCCGCAGUGGCGCACAAGAACUAUUCUGCUUCACCCCAAACAUUACACAGAACCGUGUUUCAUCUAAUGACAGCUUCUACUAUACGGUUAAUCUGGAUGAGAUCUUUUACCCAAACCAAAGCUUAGUAACAGUUGUGGAUGACCCAGUUGUUGACAGCAUAGGAGAUGUCUCGUUUUCACCAGAGUUUGAGAAGCAAAUUUCCAUUACAGGAUCACAUUUCACUGGCGGAUGCUCAGAAGAGGAGAUUACCAUCUUUGUUGGUGUGCUCCGUUGUAAAAUUACCUUUAUUUCUGAGAAUAAGCUCACAUGCACUCCACCCUCCAGUCCUUUGGAUGGCUUCUCCAAGUUUCCAGUUAAGGUUCAAAUAGGGAAUUACAGGAAGACAGUUGGAAAUCUGCUCUACCUUAAAUUCUGGAAGACACAAUACUUUAUUGGCAUCAUGUGUGGAAUUGGAGCUUUUAUAAUCCUGGUGAUUGUUGUUGCAGUAAUCAUCAGUUGCUAUCGCCACAGAAAGUCACAACAGGGUCUUUCGCGGAGUCAGCCAAAAGAUUCAGAAAGAAUAGUGACUGCUUCUGAUAACCAUUAUACACAGUUGCAAAUUAUCAACAGUGGAUUUGAGGAUUAUGUUCAGUCUGUAAACAUUACCCGUGAACCCAAACUGACACUUCCUCCAAACUUAACAGAAACAGAACUGAUGAAAGAAUUUCUCCAGCGUAUUGAUCCCAGUUUAAUGGAGUCAGUGAAAGCCAGUAUUAUUAGUGGCAGUCAGCUUGUGCCUGGCAAAACAUGGGUAAAUGCAGGAAAAUAUGCUCAGAUUAUUGAUGGACUUUUGCCAUGUCCAAUUCCUCUCCAACGAACAAAGUCCUCAUUAAAACUCUGAAAGAACCUCUGCCAGACCAGGGUGCAUUUCCAGUUUGGGUCAAUACUGCAUUACGAAAGUGUCUUCGCUUCUAUUAUUACAACCAUGAACAUGUGCUGUCCACGACUGGCAUUGUACUGGAAGAAAAAAUGUUCCAUAUAGUUUACCCCUUC